AUGGUGAAACAUGACUUCAUUUGUUUAUUGGGUAAUGAUGGUUGUGGCAAAACAAGUAUUUGUGAAUUGAUUAACUCAAAAAAAGAUGAUAAUAAUAAUAAAAUUAUUGCUGUAGAACGUAGUAAUGGACUGGGUGUAGAAUAUGGAAUUGAUCCAAGUAUUGUCGAUAAAUUGACAUUAGAAUAUAUUUUUGAUGAAGAAUAUUUUAAUAAAAUCACAUUACCAGAUCAAACAAUAAAUGGAGAAAAAAUUUAUUGGAUUAUCUUAGAUUGUGAAGUUGAUAUAAUUUUAAAACGAAUUCAAUCACGAUCUAAAAGUAACGUAUGGGAAACACGGAAAGCUUUAAAUUAUUUUCAACAACGUUUUCGUCAUUUAAGUGCUUAUUUUGGAAUACCAUUUAUUGAUACAACGCAACAAACGUUGGAACAAGUUUAUCAUAACGUAACUAAUAUUAUUCGAAAUUAUUCAGAAUUUUAUCGACAUUAUCGUCAAAUGAAUGCUCAAAUACUAACUUAUGAUUUGAUUCAACAAUGUGAUGUUGAAAACAAGCUUUAUAACGUGGUGGAUAUAUAUGAUUUUGAUAAAAUAACAAAUUUACCUGAAUAUGCUCAGGAAUUUGAUAAUGUUGAUAAGCGACAAUUAUACAUAAGAUGGUAUGUCAACAAUAAUUCGCCAGAGAUAGAUCAACAUAGAAACAUUAUCAAAAUUGGAGAUUAUGAAUUACCAAUAACAGGCAUAAUACUUAGACUUGUUAAUGAAGGUGAAUCAAAAAGAAUUUACACAGAUAUCAGUGGGAAUCCAUUUACGAAGAAUUUAGCAUUUAUUCUUUUAAAAUCUACCAUUUAUUCGCAUUCAAUGCAAAUCACUGGAGAAAUUAACAAUUUAAGUAAGAUUUUGUACUUUAUAUUAUUGCCUAAUGAGAUGGAAAAGAUCUUUUUAUGA